AGAGUUGAACCUAGUGUAUAUUUGUGAUGUGGGACGAUCAAGUUAGCACGAGCCGACAGCCUGUCAUAUCAAAUAUUUUUUCCAGCGAGUAAAAUCGUUAGUCAUGGAUCCUACUGCUCUCAUUCAGGGGAAACUGCGACCCGGCGAGAAAGCUAUUGUCGUGGCUGAUGCAGGUAUUGUUCAAGAUUGGGUAAAGUCUCCCCGCUUGAUCGCUCUGGUUGAGAAACAAUCCGAACAUGCGCUUAUCAUAUUCAGUCCGCAGAACAUACCUGUGACAUGUUCCAACGACGUCAGUUUUUCAAAUGCCAUUCCAAUCGACCAUGAAUUUCACUGUGACCCAGCAUUCAGCAAGCGUAAAGGACCUAUUCCCGACUUCUGCUGGGUACAAGAUUAUUGGCCUUUGUGUCCCGAAAUGGAUUCAUCAUCAGCCUAUGACGCCGUUUCCGUCAACGACAUUGCUGCCAUAGAUCUUUGCGAUGACGCCAAGGGUGACGGAUUGGAUAGUGACGGAGCAGUUCGAAGACGUGCGAUCGCAAUGGGUGAAGCCCCGAUUGCUGCUCGGGAAAGUGUUGUUCGAUAUCAAAUGGCCCAGCGAGAAGGGGCUUUCACGGACAUCCAUAAUUUUAGGAUAUUCGUGGGAACUUGGAACGUGAAUGGAAAUAGCCCUCCCGCAUCUGGCUUGCUGGAGUGGCUGGCUUGUGAUUCUGAACCACCAGAUUUGUAUGCAAUCGCUUUUCAAGAGCUGGAUCUUUCGAAGGAGGCUUUCCUCUUCAAUGACACACCAAAGGAAGAUGAGUGGACUCGUGCAGUUAUCACAAGUCUACAUCCCAAGGCUCGUUACAGGAAAAAAAAGCAAGUUCGGCUUGUAGGCAUGUUACUGUUUGUGUUUGUGCAGGAGCGUCACGACGCAUAUGUGACGUCGCUUGGUGGGGAAGUUGUUGGCACUGGGAUAAUGGGGAAAAUGGGAAAUAAAGGCGGUGUAAGCAUUCGAAUGGAAAUCCACAGCACCUCACUAUGCUUCGUCAACUCUCAUCUCGCAGCGCAUGUUGAAGAAUGCGAACGUAGGAAUCAAGAUUUCCAUGAUAUUUGCUCGCGUUUAUCGUUUUCAAAUUUCAUGCCGCCAAAAACGAUCAAACAUCAUGACCAAAUAUUUUGGUUCGGCGACUUGAACUACCGCAUUGUCGGCAUAGAAAGUAAUGCCGCGAAGGCGAAGAUCGAUGCAGGGAAUUGGUCGGAGCUUUGGUCGAAAGAUCAACUAAAACAGCAACAGAAAGACGGGAAAUCUUUCAUGGGAUUUAAUGAAGCCCCUUUAGACUUCAAGCCGACUUAUCAAUACGCAAACAAUUCGGACGAAUGGGACAAUGAGAAAGGCAGAGCACCGGCAUGGACUGACAGAAUUCUUUGGAAAGGCGAUCACAUUGAGAACACGAAAUACCGAAGUCAUCCCACGUUGAGAUCAUCUGAUCAUCGACCAGUUUCUGCGUUGUUCAAUGUUGGCGUUAAAGUAAUUGACCCUGUCCGCUACCGCAAAAUCUAUGAAGAAGUCAUGAAGCAGCUCGACAAGUUGGAGAACGAAUUUUUGCCGCAAGUGACCGUGGACAAACUGGAAAUUAUUUACGAUGUUGUCAAAUUUCUCGAGCCUCAAUCGAAGACCCUCACAAUUGCCAAUACUGGCCAGGUUCCCGUUCAGUUUGAAUUCAUCAAAAAGUUGAAUGAUUCCUACUUCUGCAAGCCGUGGCUGUCGAUCAACCCCUACGCGGAUUUUCUGAAGCCAGGGGAAAAACGAGAUAUUGAGCUGCGAUUGAAAGUAGACCCAACUACCGUCGCCCGGCUGAACUCUGGCCAAGAGCAGGUCUACGACAUCCUUGUUUUGCAUUUGGAAGGCGGAAAAGAUUUGUUCAUCACAGUCCAGGGCGACUAUCAAAGGACCUGCUUCGGACUGUCGCUACACACGCUAGUUCAAUUGAAAGUGCCUGUUUCCGAAGUCCCUACGGGAAAAUUGCUUGAAUUGGAAGCGGACAGGGAAAGUGAAAUCAGCGCUUGCAACGCCGGGGUUCCGAAAGAGAUCUGGCUUAUGGUAGACCGGCUGUACAACGAAGGUUUAGACGAGGACGAACUGUUUUUUGCGAAGCAGGGUUUGGAUGUUGAAAUACGUGCCAUUCGGGAUGCGCUGGACACCGGAACGCCUGCAGUUCUACCGGGCAAUGUUACGUCAGUCGCUGGAGCUUUAUUACUGUUCUUGGAGUCAUUGCCGGAACCGGUUGUGCCGUACAGAUUUCACCAGCAGUGUCUUGAUUCCUCUUCGAACUACAUCGCGUGUAUGCGUGUAGCUGCUGCUUUUCCGGACCAUCACCGCAACCUUUUCUUCUAUAUUUGUGCAUUCCUCAAAGAAGCUUUGUUGCAUACGAGCAAGAAUGGACUUGAUCCCCGCGCGCUUGCGACCCUAUUUGGAGCCAUUAUGCUGAAGGAGCCUGUUGGUAGCCCUGGACAGGGGUUGCCAGCCCGUACCGAACAAGCCAUGAAAGCACGUGAGCGUCAAAAGGCGAACUUCGUGUAUCAUUUUCUAGUCAAUGAUUUCGUGGAUGCUACUGGCCCGUGA